CGUGGCACGUGCGACGCUUCAGUAUUAUUUUUCCGUCAUUGUCAUGUUACGGCUUUGUGGAUUCGCCAUGGCUGCUACGGCUUCAGCUUCCGCUGCUUCUCUCUCCCUUCGCUCUUCUCCCUUCAAACUCAACCCUCCAAAACUCAACUCCGUUACGCUCCGUUUCCCUCACCUUAAUCGCCGUUAUAACAGCGCCUUCAGAGUCGUCGCCGCUUCCGUUUCCGUCUCCAACCCCAACGUGCAAACCGGCCCCGACGAUCUCGUUGCUUCCAUUCUCUCAAAGGUGGUGCAAACGGAUGGAGGAGUAUUGCUGAAGGAGGAAGAGCAUAAAGAGGUGGCCGAAGUGGCUCAGGAACUGCAAAAGUAUUGCGUGAGUGAGCCAGUGAAAUGCCCUUUAAUAUUUGGAGAGUGGGAUGUGGCAUACUGUUCACGGCCAACAUCACCAGGUGGUGGCUAUAGGAGUGCAAUUGGGCGCCUUUUCUUCAACACAAAGCAAAUGGUUCAAGUUGUUGAAGCUCCUGAUAUUGUGAGAAACAAGGUCUCACUUUCUGUUUUAAGCUUUCUGGAUGUGGAGGUUUCUCUGCAGGGAAAACUCAAGGCUCUGGAUGGUGAAUGGAUCCAAGUUAUAUUUGAAGCACCUGAAUUGAAGGUAGGAUCAUGGCAGGUCCAGUAUGGUGGCCAGAGUGAAGUUAAACUCAGAAUCACUUAUGUUGAUGAGAAAAUCAGGUUAGGAUUGGGUUCCAGAGGUUCCCUGUUUGUUUUUCAAAGAAUAUGAAACCAAAAUGCGAUAAGAAAAAAUCCCUUCAGGCCUUCAGUGAAAGUUCUGGCAAGUUUGUAACUUGACAUUGCACCGUUUCAUGUAUGAUAAUAUGAUUAAUAGUGUAUUUGAGUAGGAGCUUGAAAAGACCGCUUUACUCUUUGGCUGCAGAGUUUGUCUCAAAAUGGACUAGUGUGUUAUUAGGUGCAAUGUACUGUAAUUAACUUGUUAGUGAGACUGUGACACAAUCUUUCCAUUUCCAUAUUCCUGAAGGUUAACAUUUUUUGGUUGAUGUAAUUGAUCUAUCAUUUUCAUUUA